AUGGGGGGCAGUCGCUCAGAAAACAAAGCUGGCUAUUUCGAUAAGCUGAAGGGCCUCCUCGAAGAAUACAAAAGUAUCUUUAUUGUCGGCGUCGACAAUGUCAGCUCCCAGCAAAUGCACGAAAUCCGACAAUCCCUACGUGGCCAAGCUGUAGUCUUGAUGGGCAAAAACACCAUGGUCCGUCGUGCUAUUAAAGGUUUUAUUUCUGAUGCGCCAGAGUACGAAUGCCUUCUUCCAUACGUCAAGGGAAAUGUAGGGUUUGUCUUUACAAACAGCGACCUUAAAGAAAUCCGUGACAAGAUUUUGGCAAACAAAGUCGCUGCACCCGCUAGAGCUGGAGCCGUUGCUCCUGCUGACGUGUUCGUACCUGCAGGUAACACCGGUAUGGAGCCGGGAAAAACAUCUUUCUUCCAGGCACUCGGAGUUCCAACCAAAAUUGCUCGAGGUACAAUUGAAAUCACUACUGAGCUAAAACUUGUGGAAGCCGGAAAUAAGGUUGGAGCCUCCGAGGCAACACUUUUGAACAUGCUUAAUAUCUCCCCUUUCACUUACGGUAUGGGGAUCUUCCAGAUUUAUGAUCAAGGCAACACAUUCCCACCGAAUGUUCUUGACAUCGGAGAAGAUCAACUCUUAAAAUCCUUCAGUGCUGCUAUCUCCACGAUCGCUGCAGUGUCACUAGCCGUCAACUUCCCGACAUUACCAUCUGUCAUGCAUUCUCUUGUCAAUGGCUACAAGAAAUUGUUAUCUAUAGCUAUCCAGACCGAAUACAGUUGGCCAGAGGUUGAGGAAUUAAAGGACCGCAUCGCAAACCCUGACGCCUAUGCUUCCUCUGCGCCCGUAGCCGCGGCAACUGAAUCUGCGCCUGCAGCUGAGGCUGUCAAGGAAGAGGAAAAGGAAGAAGAGGAAGAAUCAGGCGAUGAAGGAUUCGGUGGUCUAUUCGAAUAA